AUGAAUAAAUUUGUAGAUAUAAUUCACUAAGACUUUCCAUCAAUAAAAGUGUAAUACAUAAAUAGUACUUUGAUUGAUUUGGAAUUUGAUUUUGAAUUCAUCCUUUAAGAUUCAACGGUAACUUGGGAUUUAUAUAUUUGGAAAUGUUAUUUGUCAAAAUUUAUUGAAUCUUUAAUAUUGUUAAUUAUUUAUUGUUCUAAAUAAGCUAUAUAUAAUUUAUUUUACAUAAAAUCUUAAUCGAGAGAUGUUAGAUGUAAUAAUGAAAAUUAACAUAAAUAGAAAAAAGACCAAGGCAAGUUCUAAAAUUUUCUACUUUAAUUGAAGGCUUUAAUUGAUUCUUUUUUGGCUCCCAGCCCAGAACCAGAGGAACAACCAAAAGCAUAGGUCACGAAAGCAAAAAAAUAAAAAAAAAAACAAAAGGAUCCACUUGCUCCAAAAAUGCCAAAAUCAGCCUUCAUUUUCUACUUUUAGGAUAAGAAGGAUAAAUUCUAAUCAUAAUAUCCAGAUUUACAAUUUUAAGAGAUCACAAAAUUGAUCGCUAGCGAAUGGAAAGAUUUGCCAAAGGAAAUCCAAUAGGUAUCUUAACCAAAAACUAAAUAGCAAUAUCAUAAUUCAGCGGAGUAAGAUAGAAACAGAUAUUCUUAAGAGCAGGAGUUGUAUUAAUCACAAACAGGGAAACAACCGAAUGGGAAGGGUUAAGCGAAAGCAAAUAAAUCGAGUGCGAAAAAGGAGAAAAUUAUAAAAAUUCUUGAUUAAGAUGAAGAAAAUGAUUCCUUUGGUGCAGACAUAGGUCAGGACUGA